AUGCUGAAAAAAUUAUCGUAUAAAAAGAGUGCUGGUGAUCAGUGGACACGUAUCAUCGAAACACCCCAAUAUUUCAAAUGUCCAGAAGGAAUUGCUGAUCCGGAAGAUUUUUGCUAUGAUUUAUCAAAAUUAUCAUUUGGUAUACAAUAUACUGCUGAUUUAAUAUAUGAAUUAGAAGAUGGUGAAUGGACAACACAUGGUAGCCCAUUAUUCUUCAUCCUUGUUGAAGCUGGGGAACCAUCUAUACCAUCAUCACCGCACAAUCUUCAAAUCAAUCCUCAUGAUGCAUCCAGCAUUGAGCUUCAUUGGUUACCACCCUUAAACACGAAACAUAUUCCUUUUUAUCAGGCACCAUUUUCUCUUCUUCUUCUUCUUCUUCUUCUUCCUCUUCUUCUUUUAUUUUUCAAAUUUGCACAAAUUGAAAUAGAAGAUCUGCAUACAAGGAAAAUACAAACUGAAAAGGUACCAGGGUCAUUCUUCUCCUCUAUCCUUAGACAUUUGUCACCAAAUUCCAUCUACAAUAUUUCCGUACGUGCUGGAACUGAUUUUGGUGAACUGGGUACACCUAUAUUCAAAGUUGUUUCUCUACAGAAUCCCGAGCUAUCCGGUUAUGGGAGGGGAUUGAAAGAACCAGUAGAGCAGCAAGAAAGAAUGGAAACGAAAGGGGAAAGUGAAAGGAUUAAAUUGAAAAGUGAAUUUGAGAGAGAACAAAUAGAGCAGGAACGUUGGCGGAAUCGGAUAAAAGAAUGUGAACGUAAAAGAUUGCAAAUGGAAUGUGAUAGGUUAAAUAGGGAACGUGAACGUAACCGGAUUGCGUAUAAACAUGAACGUGAUCGUGAACAUCUAAAAUAUGACCAUGCCAAUCGAGCAGCUGAGCAGCAGCAGUACUAUGAACAUCAACGACAGCAAUGGGAGAAGGAACGUGAACAACGUGAACGUCAUCAUCGAUUGAUCCAGCAACAUCGACAACAACAGGAAGAGCAACAACGACUAGAACAGGAACGUAUCCAACAACAACAACUGGAUCAAGUUCGUGUGUUACCGGGACGGAAUGAUAAACGAGGUGGUAUGCCAAAACCACUUCUUGGUAUUGAUAAACCACGUGUCGAGCAACGUGGAUCACGUAUUCUGCUAUACUGGACUAUUGGCGGUGAUACGUCAAAUGUGCUAGCCUAUCAAAUCGACCUUCGUUCAGAUUCAGAUAGUGAAUGGCGACAUGUUAAUGGUUAUCUUUCUCAUUCACCAUCUGAAAUUCACUUCCGACAGGAGCUAACUAAUCUAGAAAUCAAUAAACAUUAUUAUGUUAAAGUAUCAGCUAUUGAUCAAUCACGACGUAUUCUUGCUACCUCAGAAGCGACUAGCUUUACUGUUCACUGUCAGGCACCCAGUAAUUCACCUCAGGAUUUACGACUGGAAAGUGUACCCGAAGGAAUUCGCCUCACCUGGGAUUGGUCUGAUCAGGAAGAUCGUGAAUGUGAACCAUAUUUUCUAAUAACAGGAUAUCAAAGCGGAAUACCGUUUUCGGAACGAGUGGCAGGUGGGCAACGUCAAUUCACUUUCCAGAAUGCGGUCGCUGGCGAAUGGCAUGUGGAAAUGCGUGCAGGGAAUCGUGCUGGGACUGGACCUAGUAGCACACCUGUAAAUCUACAAAGUACUUCUAAAGUAUCCAAAGCUCUUCGUGUUCUACGUAGCAUCUGUGAUCCACGUAUAGACUUCUGGUGUCGUUCACCGGAUGAAAAUUACGCUGUUGCUAUAUCUCGUCAUCUUAAUGAAGAACUUAUCUCAAAUCUACGCGUAUUCACACGUGACGGUGAUUUAUCAGUUGAAUGGAAUAGUGGAGGUAGUAGUCAUGGUGUUUUCGGAUAUCGUGUACAGUAUCGAACUGAUAGUACUGGUUGGACUUCUUAUGGUCAAAUUGUACCGUAUGUGGGUGAUAAUAAACGUUAUGUACAGCAGUUAACAAGUUUACAACAAGGUAAUAUGUAUCAUAUACAAAUUCAAGUACUUGAUCGGAAUUCAUAUGUUAUGUAUACCAGUCCGGAAGUAUCGGCAAGAACCGUUUGUUCCGCACCAACUCAUCCUCCAUCACAUUUGCAAGUACAAGCUGCUGAUCCACGCCAUAUCCGGGUAAGUUGGGCACAACCACCACAAAGUACCUGGCAGUGCAAUGACAUACAAGUGGAACUUGAGGUAACGGAACCGCAACGUAUUCCACCAGUACUUCUAAGCGGAUAUCAAACUUCUCAUAUAUUUGAUUCGGAAGCAAAUCAGCAAUGGUCUGUUCGAAUCCGUACAAAGAAUUCAGCUGGUGCAUCAGCAUGGUCGCAAAUUGCUUCUGUUCGAACACCACCUAUCGGUGAAUUAAUCAUCGGACCAUCAGUAAGCUAUCGACACGGGAUUCCGGUGCUUACAUGGACAAGUAAAGAACGAGUAGAUGAUCUCAUCCAAAAUUAUCAGAUUGAAUAUCGAUCUUCGGCCGAUACAGCUUGGCAAAGACUCCGAAUGCAAGUGCCAUACACAGGCUGGCAGCGACCUUACAGUAUCGAUCUUAGUAAUUUACCUGCUGGUCACAAUUAUCAGAUUCGAAUUCAUGCGGUCGAUGCUAACAAUGGUAUUGCUUACACGUCAUCAGCAGUUAAUGUUCAAACACAGAUCAAAUGUUCGGUACCACGUCGUGCACCAUUCGAUGUACAAGCUACCUCACUUGGACCCACACAAAUCCGUGUAUCCUGGAAGGCAUUGCAUGAAUCAGAAUGGAAUUGUAAUCGUUUGUGGUACGUCGUAAAAUACAGCACUCCACAUAAUCAAGGCUUUAAAAACUUAACACGUGGUGAAAAUCAUGUAAUUUUUGAUUCGGAACCAUAUACACGAUGGACUUUUGAGGUACAAGCUGCUAAUCCAGCGGGUGAAACGCAGUGGUCACGUCCAGUUACUGUACAAACCGAAGGAACAGCACCUGGGCCGGUUUCUGAUUUACGGAUUUAUCCACAAUCAUCGGAUACACUUCAGCUUUCCUGGAGGCAACCGCAAAAUCCUUAUGGGCAAAUUACAGGUUACGAAGUGACUUAUCAACUGUUGUCAAAAGGUAUGUGCGAUCAAGUGACAGAAAAACCUAUAACAGCGACAAGUGACAAGCCAUCAUUUACCCUUCGAGGCCUACUGCCACAUUCGAAAUAUCGUAUUUCUGUUGCUGCAAAAACGAAUAUUGCUGGUGAACGUGUAAGUCAGGAAGUGCAAACUGAAGAAGCUGCACCAAGUGGUGCUCCAGUUUAUAUUCGUGUUACAAAUGUACUACCUACUGAAGUAGCCGUGGUCUGGCAAGCACCUGCCUGCUUGCAAACAAAUGGUGAAAUAACAGAAUAUGAAUUCGAAGCAGUACCUUUGGAACGGCAUGAUUAUGGAAUUGAUGAUACAAUUAAACAGGUUGUCAGAGGUACUAGAACCAAAAUCACUGGUCUUUCCCCGUAUACAAAGUAUUCGGUGCGGAUACGAGCAUUUACAAGAAAAGGACCAGGACCAUGGUCGGAACCGGUUCAAUUUCAAACUGCUGCUGCACCUGAAAUUCCAGCUCCACCGAUGGUUCGAAUUCUAAGUACUGGAACGGAUAAGGCAGAUUUGGUUUGGCAAGAACCUUAUCCAUCGUCCGGUUUAAUCGACAAAUACAAAUGUAGGUAUGCAAUAGCGGGCACCAAACAAUACCAGGAGCGCCAAUUUCCCUCAUAUAAUCCAUGUGGUGAGGAAGUCAUUCGUAUGCAGCAACUAUCACCACUAUCACCAUCACCAGCCGGGACAAAACUUCAUUGUGGCAGAAUUGAUGGCUUAGAGCCCGAGAAGCAAUAUACAUUUAUGGUGUCAGCUGGUGAUCGGAGUGGUACCUGGUCUCCAUGGAGCGAACCUCAAGUUGGUCACAUUAGUGAAGGUCCUGUUCAGGUUAUUUCACUAAACAAGUUAGGUGGAGGAGCAAAUAGGAUCUUAAUUGGAUGGAAUGUGCGCCCCACUGAUGCAGCCCGUGUUGUCAGUUAUCGAAUUCAUGUGACACCUGUGCUGCAACGUGGUGCUAAACCUAUAUCAUUUACGGUAGAUCGAUCUACACUGCAAUACAAUAUCGAUAAUUUGUCACCUAACACGCGUUACAAUAUAACCGUGGAUGCUACUACCGAUGGUAUUCAUUAUCAUCCAGGUACGGCAAUCGAAGUACGUACCGAUUCAGCACCAUCGAGUGGUUCAAUGGUUGCUCCACGAGUGAUUGAGGAGCAAGCAACCUCAGUAACUUUGGAAUGGAAUGCACCAGAUGGUGAUGUAAGCGGAUUCGUGAUCGAAUAUUGUCUUGGUGAUGGAGUGUGGCAGCAGUAUGGUCGGCGAAUUCCGGCAUAUCCUGGACGUCGUGUUUACACUGCUCAAGUUGAUCAGCUUCCAACAAACAGCGUAGUGGAUCUUCGGGUACGCGUUGUAUCAGCGCAAAAUGAAAAAUCUGCUCCAAGCCCAGAAGUUCGGGCUCGUACCCGAUGUUCCGCACCACCGGCACCACCACAGGCUAUUCGGUUGGACGCCCCGUCCACCAAUGAAAUUCGAGUUUCGUGGGCUCAACCAGCCAAAGAUACAUGGCAAUGUGAUCAGCUAAACUAUGAUCUUGCUUAUCGGGCAGGGGGGCAAGCAGAGCGAGUUGUGUCAGUACCGGGAACUCAAACCGAUUACACUUUUCCUUCGGAAGCCAAUACUCGCUGGGCUGUAAAGCUAAGAUGCACCAAUCAGGUAGGAUCAAGUCCAUGGAGCUCCGAACAGGUAAUAACUACUCGGCAAGGAAUUCCGGGUCCAGUUCGAGAUUUGCGUUUGCGUGCUAAAAGUCCUAACGAAGUACAUGUACAGUGGCUUGCACCAUUGGUACAGCGUGGUUCCAUUGUUGGUUAUGAUAUUAGCUAUCGGUUAAAACAUCGAUUAGCUUGCCCGGACGAAGAACCACGUGAUGUCAGUCGUGAUUUUGUAACUGUCUACAAUCAUAAAGAUUUGGAAUAUACAUUAACUGGAUUAUUACCUUUUUCUCUGUACGAAGUACGAGUACGUGCACGUACCACGGAAUUAGGACCCGAGGAAUCGAAAGAAAUUGCAACAGAGCAGCAACCUCCGAGUGCACCACCGUUGAAUUUACAACUUAGCUAUGCUUUAGAACGUUCGAUCAGUUUCCAAUGGGAACAAGUAGAAUGUUCACAACGUCAUGGACAUAUCGUAAACUAUGAGUACGAGAUACAAGGACAAGAUGAUUGGGCGAAGUUGGAGCGUCAGAUUGCGAAUACUACCGAUACAAAGAUCAAUAUUGAAGGUUUAACACCAUUCACAAAGUAUAUAAUGCGUGUGAAAGCUUACAACAGCAUUGGUGGUGGUCCAAAUACGGAGAAUCUGGAUGCAAUGACUGCUAAAGCGGAUGCACCACUACCUCCACAAGAUCUAGUAGUCGCUCAAGAAGGUACUGAUUAUUUCAUGAUUUCCUGGCUACCACCCUAUCCACCAUAUGGACCGCAUGAUAAGUAUAAGAUUCGAUAUCAAGUAUUGAAUGAAAGCCGUUGGAUGGAAAUUGAGAAAGAUAGCAAGGAUCAAUUAUUGAAAUGUCCAGCUGAAAGUCCUCGGCAUUGUUUCAAUGUUACAAAUUUAGAAAGUGGGCGACAAUUUAGAGUUCAGGUUGCAGCUCAUAUAAUUGGUGGUUCUUAUGGUCCUUGGAGUACGGUAACUAUUGCAAAUACUUUACAAACUCUGCCUGAUGCGCCACGUGCUAUUGAAUUGAUCGAGAAAACUGACCAUUCACUUCACAUUCGUUGGAUUCCACCACCGGAUCCUUUGGGACAAAUAACGCAGUACAAAGUGGGAAUUGUUUCGCUGGAUGAUCCACACGAUCAAUUGAAAACUUUUCUCAUAGAUCAUCCAACAUUGCAACAUCUUUUGAAUAACCUGCAUCCUGAAACUUCCUAUAACAUCAGUAUUGCGGCUGGCACGAAACGUGGUUUUGGUCCUCUUUCUUGGACACGUUAUUCCACGGAUCCGUUCAAGGUACCACCGGUAGCAAAUGCACCACAAGUUACGGCAGAUGGUGCUGAUGCAUUGAAUGUUCAAUGGAGUGGUAUUUUGGAUACAAAAAAUCAAGUUCGUGGAUACAUCAUCGAAUUUCGUUCCAGCGAUAAUCCGACAUUUACGGAAUACGAUGGAAUCAUUGAACAUGACAUGAGUCGACGUAAUUAUCAACAACGUUUAUCCCUACUAGAUGCUGAUACUCUGUAUUUCGUUCGUAUUAAAGUUGUGGAUCAAAAGCAACGUGUUAGUGAACCAAGUCCGGAAGGAAGUGCACGGACCGGUUGUGCACCACCUCUUGCACCACCAUCGAAUGUGAACGCUUUUGCGCCAUCACCCUAUCAGGUGCAUAUUAGCUGGCAGCCACCUAGUCAGUCCUCUUGGCAAUGUUCAAACAUCAAAUAUAGACUGGAAUACACCAAUGGUUCAACAUUACCCGAGGAAAUUGAUGUACCCAGCGGUAUAACUGAUCGAGUGCUGGAUGCAUCACCGAAUACGCUAUGGCGAAUGCGGGUUCGGGUUGAAAACGAAGCUGGUGCUUCAGAUUGGAGCAAGGAAGUAUCCAUCACAACCGCUGAAGGUGCACCAAGCGCAGUAGAAGAUCUUGAUGCUCAUCCAUACGGACCGGAAGCUGCAUCAAUAAUGUGGCGAGCACCAGCACAACCUAAUGGACAAAUUACUGGCUAUACUUUGGUAUAUAGGCUCAAGUCUCGUGGUGAAUGUGGCCCACGUUCUUCACAACCCAUUACUCGAAAUACCAAAGAUGAAAAAAUUACGGUGGAAGGACUUUUACCUGAUUCCACCUACGAAGUACAUGUAACAGCACAUACCUCCGAACCUGGACCUCAAUCAAAUAUUAUCACUGUUACAACUGAUGAAGCUUCUCCUACCGGAGCUCCGUUGAAUCCACGUGUAAGUUCGGUAACACAAACACGCAGCGAGUUUUUGUGGAAUGAACCGGAUUGUGAGCUCCGUAACGGCAAAAUAACGGGUUACGAAUGGCAACUAGAAAGUCCGGAUCCAUGGAGUGAAAGUAAAACUGGUCAAAGUACCACACAGCGAAUAUCCUUCGAUGAUUUGAUACCAUAUACUCAGUAUAGGGUGCGAGUUUUAGCGGAGAAUUCAGCUGGACAAGGACCAUGGUCAGAAUGGGUCUCAUUUAGGACGCAACCUGCCGCACCACCAGCACCAACAGAUUUAACCGAGGAACAACCAUUCCCUCAUGCCAUCGAGAUUUCAUUCCUGCCACCAUCACCGCCUCAUGGUAUUAUCAAUGAAUAUCGAGUGAGACAUACGCCAUCUGGUCAGAUGAAUUAUAAAGAAGUUCGUGUAGUUGCAAGUCGAUUGCAAUGUUCCGAUGUAUCGAAACGUGAUCGAUUAUGUUAUCGAGUUGUGGAUUUGGAACCAGAACAAGAGUAUGAAAUUCAGGUAUCAGCUCAUACCGAAGGUGGUGCUUGGAGUGAUUGGAGUGAAUCGUUAAGCGCUCGAACACAUGAACAAAAUAUACCAGUAUUAGAACGUGAAUUGGAAUUAGUAGACAGCAAACCGAACAGUAUAACACUACGAUGGCAAGGCUUGGAUGCUGAUCAGUCAAAACAUGUUGUCGGUUACAUUCUGGAAUAUAAAUCGGAAGAUGAUGAAUGGCAAGAAUAUGAUGGUAUCACGAAACAUCGCAGUCGUCAGAAUGAUUAUCGUACCCAAGUUAAAGAUUUGGAACCUUCGACGGAGUAUUUCUUCCGGUUGAAAGUUGUUGGUAAAAAUGACAAGCGUGGUUCUUCAGGACCCGAAUUAAAAGCUAUAACAAAGUGUGGACGACCAGAAGAACCACCAACCGAUCUGCAGUUGACAUCUGAUUUCGAAAAUGUCAAACUCACUUGGACGAAUCCGGAUAAAGAGUCUUGGGCAUGUGAUAAUGUCGAAUAUGUGAUUGAUUUCGUCAAUACCACUUCACGCGGUAUAAUGACGGUACCAUCGGAUGCACCGCCUAAACUCUUGUUACCAUCGCUUCCGGGUACCAAAUGGGAGAUUCGCAUGCGCACGCAGACUAUUGAGGAAGGUCAGAAACCGUCAUACAGUUCAUGGAGUGAUCGUGCAACUUUGGUAACUCAGGCUCUUCCCGGCGAACUGUUUCUGACGGUUGAACCAAAGACACCUACUUCGGCAAUGGUUAUUUGGGAUCUAGCUGAUCAGGAUCGGAAAUGGAACUACGGUGUAGAUAUUACUUACCGAUUGAAGCAAUUAGGUGGUUGCACAGAAUCAUCAAGCGGUAGUCAUGAACCAGUGACAAACUACAAUGUGCAGGAUAAGCAAAUUUUACUUCAUGAUUUGACACCUGGUUCAGAGUAUGAAGUGGUGGUUACUCCUCGUCGUCCCCCAAGAUUACGGUCUUCCAUCACAACGCCAAAAACAGUACGCCGCUUCAGGACUAAGGCUGCUUUACCGUCUGGUCCGCCACGUAAUCUGCGUAUUGAGGGACGUCGUGAUACUGAAAUUUUCUUCAAAUGGGAGGCACCGGUAUGCAAGGAACAGAAUGGUAAAAUAACACAAUACGAAUAUGAGGUGACAGGUGCCCAAGAAUGGAAUGAUGUGAAACGUGAAGGUGUAACACCACGUACCAAUGCUGGAGUGGAUCAACUGAAUCCUGGAUCCACAUAUAAUGUACGCGUGCGUGCAUAUACCAGUGAAGGACCUGGACCAUGGUCAGAACCAAUUCAGAUCACCACUACCGGUACCGAGUUGGGACCACCUCGAGAGCUUACUGCAGUCCAUACAAAGCCCAAAAUAAUUCAAUUAACUUGGCUCCCGCCGUAUCCAGAACGAGCACCAGUGGUCGUCUAUAAAGUUCGGUAUAGUCCACGUGCCGAUGAUUCUAACCCGGUUGAGAUGGAGCUUUCCGGCGAUCAGCUGAGCUGCACUGGAUACAAAAGCCCUUUGAUAACCAGUGAUAGCAUAUGUGCAACAGUGAAGUCACUGCAACCGGAUACAACUUACCGCUUCGCUGUUCAGGCCCAGUCGUCUACUGGUAAUUGGGGUGAAUGGUCACCAGCUUAUUUUGCAACCACACGUUCUACUGAGGAUGGACCAAUACCUGGGAAGUUACGAUUGGUGUCUGCAGGACAUGAUAAUCUUCGUGUGAACUGGACCGCACCACCAGCUGUCAAAAAUGUUGUGGAUCAAUAUUUGGUUAACAUAUCAUUAGCCAGCUCUCUCGAUAAACAUCCGAAACAGUUUACGGUACGUGGUGAACAAAAUAGUUAUCAUUUCCGUGGCUUAGAACCAGCAACACAUUAUAAUAUCACGAUACAGGGCUUAUCAGAAGGCAAACGAAUGUGGUUUAUAACGGAAGUUUUUUCAACCACUGAUUAUGGAACUGGUUUGCUUUCAUGGUUACCACCACCAACAGAUUUAAAAUUGCUGGAAAAAUCAGAUCGAUUCAUGCAUGUAGCAUGGAGUCCACCGGAAAUCUUUGAUCCAACCUAUAAGGAUUUAAUCACUCAUUACCUGGUGACAAUAGCACCAUUUGAUUCAUACAUCGGUAGAACUGGUCCACCACGUAAUUACUCGGUACCAUAUCCGGGAACAUCAAUCAAAUUUGAUAAUUUAUCACCGGAAACAAUUUACAAUAUUACGGUACAGGCUGGCACUGAUAGUGGUUAUGGCGAAAUAUUGUGGGGUACUUAUAGUACUCUUGCAUCGAGACAGAAUCACGUGUUACGGUUACUGGAUCGUACACCGACAUCACUAACUGUUGAAUGGGAACCAACAUUUCUUGGUAACAGAGGAUAUAGCCUUUCAUGGGAAAGUUUACAUUCUGUUUUCAAACAUGUUCCCAUCAAUGCAAUUCGUUCAACCGAUAUACCUGCUGGUACCACUCAGUACACUAUUGAAGAUCUAGAACCUUCAACGAUCUAUAAUGUCACCUUGCAAACACGACCGGAUGGUAAAGUAGCCUCUGGUGCUUAUGCUACUUUACCACCAGGAUGGUUCAUGGUGCGUAAUUUGGUAUGGUGUGAUCGAACUAACCACGCUUUAUCAUUGACUUGGGAACCAGUGAAUCUGAACAAAGCAACACAUUACCAAGUGCGAUACAUGAGACUUAAAGAACACGAUGUUAUCUGGACGGAAGAAAAUGAAGCAAAAGCUAUAGAACUACUUUGUCCUAAAGAUGGCUGUAAUCGACAUUGCUAUCUGAUCUUUAAUCUUAUUCACAAUCCAAGUGAAUACGUUUUUCAAGUACGAGCUAAGGUGAAUAAUCAAUGGAACCGAUGGCGGACAGCUGGCAAACCAAGUGUUAUCGAGAAAUCAGAACGGAAAAAAGGAUGUUGCAUCGUACCUCCACCAUACAUGGUUGAAAAUAUCGGUUUAGCUGGAACAUUUUGGGAAGUGGACAUUUCACCGGUUGAAUCACAACCACAGAAUAUCUCGCGUUAUUAUGUCGUCGUUGAUGAACGUGAACCAGCUGGUAGUACUAAUUGGACUGAACUAACCGAUAAAGUUACCGCGAACAAAAUGAAGAUCCCUUACUAUGUAGCAGCAUCUUUCAACGCUGAUACACUACCUGGACCACGAAAAGUUCGUAUUGGUGAUGGAUCAGUGAUUGGUGGUUACCUGAACUACCCAUUGGUAAAGGGUAAAAAGUAUAAUUAUGAAAUUUAUUCGGUCUGGGAGCUAAAUGGUAAACCAGCUGCUGUAGCACGUCAACGAGCAAGUCCGUACACGAUUUCCGGAUGGCCAUGGUGGUGGCUAUUACUUUUGCUUCUCCUGUUGCUCCUGCUAAUUCUGCUCACAUGUUGUCUGCUUUGGUGUUUGCAAGGGCGUUAUCGAACACGAAAAGAGCGGCGGCGUGUUAUUGCAUCAAAUGGUCAAACAGUACCACUACUUUCCACUGAUAUGGAGAAAAAUGGAAUAGAACAGAAUAUGCAAGCACUUUCAUCACGUGUUGAUGAUAUCCGAUCAUCACUUGAUCAAAAAGCUACAGCUCGUGGAGAUUUCGAAGAUGGAUAUGUACGUGGUUUUCGAGAUGCAAAUAAAUUGGGAACCGCAUCAGCUGCACGUCGACGAAUGGAUGAUGAUUACGGUAGCAGAGAUGAUCGAUUCCAUGAAGGUUAUGUGAAAGGAUUAAGAGAUGCUGGAAUGACAGGAAUGAGUGCAUCAAUGCGUAAUUUAGCACAACGUGGUCAAGGUGCUGGUUAUUCUUCUGGUUAUAUGCAAGGUUUUCGUGAUGGCAACUCAGGUUUCUUUGGUGACCGAAUAUCUAAUAGUUUGUUACGAAGGCUAGAAGAACAGUAUCCAAAUCAAGAAGAAUUCCGUACCGGUUAUAUUGAUGGAUUCAAGGAAGGUAUUGGAAGUCGAACUUCCGGACAAAGAAGCUUUGAAGAAUCACGACGUUUGCAAGAAAGUCUUACUAAACUUACUGAAAUAUUGCAAGAUAAAUCGAAAAGUGGUGGUGAUGAAACACAUACUACCAAGAUUUAUCAUGUUUAUAAUCAACAUCCAGACGGUCUUGCUGUAUCAGCUUAUUCUUCUACAACCGGUCGUCAACUGGAGCAAGAACUGGAAGAUCUUACAUCAUCUUCUAGAAGAUCCACUCUUAGGCGGCAUUAUACGCCAGGCGAUUACAUGAAAUAUGGUAGUGAAGCGGAAGCAUAUGGUAGUUUGGCAAGGAAUCGACGAUCACUUUCUGCAUCUGCACUUGGUCGAGAGCUUGCUAGAGAACAUUCAGAACGUGCUCGUCUAUAUUCUGGUACCGGAACAUCGUAUAUUAGUCGUGCUUCUGCUGCUGAAAGACCUAUUACGGAUACAUAUUCACGUCGUUAUACAUAUCGUAGUCGUAGUGAUAUGGGUAGUCCACGCCAUUAUGCAUCCCAAACAUUACUAGAUGGAACUCGUCCAGGACCUUCAACACCUCACAUACGUCGUGAUGCACUACACACUUUACAACGUGAACUUGAUACACUAUCACGCUCACCGGAUCAGCUAACAGCGCGUGGCUAUAGCUCUGAUACUGGGUACAUGAACGAUACAAUGCGAUCACGUACCCGCGCAUACUCAAAUUAUGACUAUGAUACAUAUCGAAGUGAAAUGAGAAGUGCUGAAACAUCUGGUGGUGUUAUUGGUGCAAGUGGUGCUUCAGCAAGUGCUGGAUAUGGUCCAAGAGCUACAGCUUCUACCUCAUUCAGUGCUCGUAGAGAAGAUGGAGCAGAAGAAAGCGGUCCAAUUCGAGAAAGAGUGGAAGAACGAUAUCAGCGCUCAUACAAGGAAGAAUAUACAACAGGAAGACGAUAA